CUGGCCAUGAACCUGGCUGGAGCCACCCACGGCCACGUCCACAACUGGCUGCUCCAGGAGAUAAAGAAGGAUGCAGUGGAGAGAGCCCAGACAGAUCUGACCUCGGGACAAGUGGCUCUGUACAUCCUCGCCCUCCUCUCCUCCUGCCAGGAUCCCCAGCAUGUCCAUGCCCUGGAGCAGACCCUUGACCUGAUCAGUGUCCUGCAGCAGAAAACAGAUGAGGAGACGACCAAACUGGAGGCCGAGGGGAUUCCCAAAACCACCCUGUACAGCCUGGGCCUGGACACCCUGGCCCUGUGCCUGGCUGAGGCAGAUGGUGCUCAAAGGCCAUCAGUGGCCCUGGCCAAGCAGCUGCUGAACCCCGAGAGACCCAUCUCUGUGGACACCCAGGCCAUGGUGGCACUGGCGCUGGCCUGUGUCUACGACCAAGUGGAGCUCCAAGACGUGCAGGAUCUGCUCUGGGAGGCACUUCAGACAGUGAGCAACAGCUUCCUGGAUGAGCAGGAGGAGAGGAACGGCAUGAUCGGGAAUAUCUACAGCAUGGGGCUGGCCCUGCAGGCACUGGAGGCCACAAGGAAGUUUUAUGAACCACGGGACUGGGACUGUGCCCAGGCCUUCUCCAGGGUGUUGGCCCACGACUACCAGCAGCCCAUGGCCAUCGCCCAGGUGCUGCCAGCCCUGGUGGGCAGGUCCUACCUGGAUGUGGCUGGCCUGGACUGUGCUGCCACCAUGUCCCCAGGCCGACAGCUGCCCCUGCCCCCAGUGCUGGGGACACACGUACCCAGAGCCCUCAUCCAGGUGCAUUACUGCAUCACCAACAAGCUCCAGGGAAUACAAUUCCACAACUGCACCUCAGUGGAAGUCCCAAGUGGCUCCACUCUGCUCCUGGUGAUGGAGGAGGCAGCAAAGAAGGACCCCCAAACCUUUAGCUUCCAGACGGAGCAGACAUUCUGGGGUCCCUAUGUGACCUCCAUCCACGGGCUGGCUGGCAGCACGGAGGACAGGACCUACUGGAAGUUCCUCAGUGCUGGGAACGCCCUCGAGGAAGGGGUUGGCACCUACAAACCACACGAUGACGAGCACAUCCAGGCCAUCUUCAGCCGAUACUGAUGCCAGCAAGACACCCUGGACCCCUCCAUGGAGCA